AUGGCAAGAUCAAGAACGGCGCUUCCGGAGUUCGACGUGGCCGCUAACGCUGCAGGUCUCAGAGUCGACGGCUGGGCGAACCGACAGAUCGUGCUUAGACUUUCCCUUGACUCUGACCUGAUCCACAGUCUGUCCACUGCACAUACCCGGCCGCUUGGGAAGUUCCAUGUGGCUCGGUACCUCCUUGACGAGGCAGUUGCCAGGGCCAGUGUGCUAAACGGCCAGGCUCACCCGAACCCCAUGGCGCGAUAG